UGAUUGAUUCUCAUGAUCAUAAAAGUGAUGCCAUUAACUUUGUAAGAAAAAAAGAGAGGAGAGUAAACGAACGAAAUGCACUGAAAUAAUUAAUAGUGUAAUAAGUUUUUCCCUGAGGCGCAAAGAAACGUUGAAAUCACAUAGAACGGGUUUGAUAUUAUAAAGGGUCGAAGGGUAAGUUGGAGUUCAAAGGACUGAGGUUAAAACAAGGAGAAAAGUUGUUGAGGUAUUCUGAAAAGUUUGAUUCAUUUGGACAGAGGUCUGGAUGCUGAUGGUGGAUGCACUCUACUUUAGAAACACCCAACUGUUGCUUCAUAAGCUUUCUUUUGUAGUUUUUGCACUUGUGUUUCUGAUCCUUGUUCUCAUCUUAUCUGAUAUUCUAGUAUUGGAGAAAGCCAGAAUCCAUGAUGGCUGUUUAUUGUUGAUUUGUUUCUACCUACCGGAAAGUCAGUAACUCUUGGGACUCGCAGAUGGCAUUUAAUAAUGAAGAAGAGAAGACAGAGGAUUACCUUUUCAAAAUUGUCUUAAUUGGUGAUUCAGCUGUUGGGAAAUCAAAUUUACUCGCAAGAUUUGCCAGGGAUGAAUUUUAUCCUAAUUCAAAGUCAACUAUAGGAGUAGAGUUCCAAACUCAAAAAAUGGAAAUUAACGGAAAGGAAGUUAAAGCGCAGAUAUGGGACACAGCUGGGCAAGAGAGGUUCAGAGCUGUUACUUCUGCAUAUUAUAGGGGUGCAGUUGGAGCACUUCUGGUAUAUGACAUUAGCAGGCGUCAAACGUUUGAUAGCAUUGGUCGAUGGCUUAACGAACUUCACACUCACUCUGAUAUGAACGUUGUGACAAUACUUGUUGGGAACAAGUCAGAUCUUAAGGAUGCGAGGGAGGUACCUACGACAGAAGGCAAGGCGUUAGCUGAGGCACAAGGUUUGUUCUUUAUGGAGACAUCAGCACUUGAUUCAUCAAAUGUAGUUGCUGCUUUUCAAACAGUUGUAAAAGAAAUCUACAACAUAUUAAGCCGGAAGGUUAUGAUGUCUCAAGAGCUCAAGAAAGACGAUGCUUCCUGGAUUGAAAAUGGAAAGACUGUUGUUCUACAACAAGAAGGGAAUCAAUCAGCAGAAGGGGAGACAAAAAAGGGUUGUUGUUCGAAAUAGGUUUGAUAGUAUAGUGACUCCAAAAUUAUGUUGUUAUUAUAAGUUAUUCAACCAAACUUGAAAAUGCUGCUAGGUUAUUCAAGAUUGAUCUUAAUGUUUGCUCAAAGGAAUUUUGGAGUAGAAAUUGUGGAUGCACUUCAUAAUUAAAAGGAUCGAAAACAAAAAUGUAGCGCUGCAGUUCCAUUAGUUGAACACCUGCAAAAAGUUAA